UGCUCCCAGGGCUGGGGUGUUUCUGUGCCUCACUGCAGCUCUUCUGUAGGAAAACUGCUGCAUGUGAGGACAGUCUGACAGCUCCUGACAUGGGCAGGAAGCUUGCUGUGAAAAGCCCCAUCUCUUCUAUGUGAAAGUAGCUCUACUUUACACAACUUUCACUUAAAACUGCAUUUUAAAAAAUGCUGUCAGCUGUUGCAACAUUUGUUGUCCCAUGUCACAUUUUGGUCCCAAUAUCGCUGGAUACUCCCUAGUAUUAGGGAUUAAGCAAGCCUGGCUUUCCAUUAUUUAAUUUUUAGGGCAGGAUUUUAAUUUUUGCACUGAAGAGCAGUUCUGUCAGUCUGCCUCCAUCAGAGGUCUGGGUUAGCCAGUGGAAAAGGAGGGAGGAGCUGAACAUGGCCAGAAAGGAGCAAAGUGAUGGCCAGAUCACAACUCAAAUGUUAAUUUUAAAUUAUUAGAGUUGUUCUCCUUAUUCAGUGCAACAGGAGAUGCUCCAUUUCAAUUGAGUAGCAUCUAAAAUUAGGGAGUGGUUCCACUGCAUAAAUAAACAAAUGGAAAAGUCUGGAGGGGGGAACAGCCCCUUCCUGGGAACUGAGACAGGGCAAUGUUCAGGCAUAAUUCCAAUUUAUGUCAAACAACUCAGGACCAUCCUCUUGAGUGGGUCUGUAAAAGUGGUGCUAAUGUGUAUAACCUUUCUAAAUUUUUCUUUUUCCCUUUAACAUUUGUUUCCCCCUUCACUGUCAGUCACAACACACCGCUCUUGAAUCUCCCAGCUGGUCUUGACUUGUUGAAUUUAUUUUAUGCUUUCACUCUUCUUUAAUAAAUACAUUACUUGCAAGCAGUGAAUUGAAAACAAAGCAAAAGAAAAAAAAAACUACCAUUAGUGAUUGGACAGUUUCUUACUUUGUGUUACAUUUAACUGUUCUUUUGACAGCCCAGUUUUUAAAGCCAGGAUAAUAUUGGACAUCGCUUACUCCAGAAACAUGGCUGGAAGCUGGGCCAGGGAUUGGGAAAGUCACUGCAGGCGUUAUGAUCCUGGACUUGUUGUGGUGAUGGUAAACUUAGCAGUGGGAGGACAGAUCCCAUCCCUAUCGUUGUCAAGUAUGAUGUCAUGGGCAUGGGCCGGAUGGAGAUGGAGCUGGACUACGCCGAGGAUGCCACGGAGCGGAGGCGAGUGCUGGAGGUGGAGAAGGAGGACACUGAGGAGCUGAGGCAGAAGUACAAGGAUUAUGUUGAUAAAGAAAAGGCCAUUGCCAAGGCUUUGGAAGACCUCAGAGCAAACUUCUACUGUGAACUCUGUGACAAGCAGUAUCAGAAGCACCAGGAGUUUGACAACCACAUCAAUUCCUAUGACCAUGCUCACAAGCAGAGAUUGAAAGAUCUCAAGCAAAGGGAAUUUGCUCGCAAUGUGUCGUCGAGAUCCCGGAAAGAUGAGAGGAAGCAGGAGAAGGCCCUGCGGCGCCUGCACGAGCUGGCAGAGCAGAGGAGGCAGCCUGAGUGUGCUCCUGGAAGUGGGCCCAUGUUCAGGACCACCACGGUGGCUGUGGAUGAGGAAGGUGGAGAGGACGAUGAUUCUGCAGCCAACAGCAGCUCCUUCGUCCAGACCAGCUCUGGCCAGGGCACAGAGAUGACCACGGACAGAGGCUUCCUGAACACUGGGCAAGGCACUGUGGUGCCAGGCCAGGCAGCACAGGGGGCACAGGCCAUCAGCUUUGGCAUUAAGGGCUCCCUGGGAACUCCCCUGCAGAAGAUUGGGGUGUCCUUUUCCUUUGCCAAGAAGACCCCAGUGAAGCUGGAGACCAUCGCUUCUGUUUUCAAGGACCACGUGGACGAGUCCAGUUCUGGAGAUGGGGCAAAAGGUGAUGAGAGGGGGUCCUCAGAGGGUGGCAGCCUGCAGAAGUCUGGGGAGGGUGAAGGCACCAAUAAUUCUGAUGGCAAGGGGGAGGAUGAUGACCAGCACGACAAGGACAGCGGGGCUCUGGCCAGCACCUUAUCCAAACUGAAGAAGAUGAGGCGAGAAGAUGGACCAACAGCUGUGGAACCAGAAUAUUACCACUACAUCCCCCCAGCCCACUGUAAAGUAAAGCCCAACUUUCAAUUCCUGCUUUUCAUGAAGGCUACUGAGCAAACGGAAGCGGAAAAUGCGAACAAAAAAAACGCGCACGAAGCGAAAAAGGGGAGUUCCCCCAAACCCAAACCCAGCAAGCACACGGAAAAGGCUGCCGAGAGCACGGGGCAGCAGAAGGAACAGAGGACUACUGAAACUGCAGCCCAGCAGGGCAAAACAGAACGAAAAGACAUCCCAGAGAAUGAGAACACACAGGAGAGCAAGCACCUUCCAGAGAGCAAUCCCCCCGAGCCAGACACUGCUAAAGAAGCUCCUCCUCCUGCCUCGGGCUGCAGAGAUGGCUCUGAGGGACCAAAGCACCCCACGGGACCUUUUUUCCCUGUUCUGAGUAAGGAUGAGAGCACGACACUGCAGUGGCCUUCAGAGCUGCUCAUCUUCACCAAAGCUGAGCCCUCUGUGUCCUACAGCUGCAACCCCCUGUACUUUGACUUCAAGCUCUCCCGUAACAAGGAUGCAAAAGGGAAAGGGGCAGAGAAAUCCAAGGAUCCAGGGGGGCUUUGUAAGGACAACGCUCAGAGCACAGAACCUGGUGAGGUGAGCAAAGCCAAGGAGGCUGAAAGUGUAGAGAACAGUUCUGCUCAAAAAAUGGAAAACAAAUCCCAGAGCAAGCAGGAGUCCGGUCUGGGGAGCAUCGGUAAGGGAGAGGGGGAGGACGGCAGUAAGAGUGUAACGGGGAAGAGUAAAUCUGGAAGGUCUCAUAAACACAAAAAGAAAAAGAAGCACAAAAAGUCCAGCAGACACAAACGCAAACACAAGGAGGAAGCUGAGGAGAAGGCCCGGAAAGCUGAGCUAGGGGAAGAGAAACCCAAGAAACGGAAAAGGCACAGGCACAAAAAAGGUAAAUCCUCCCUUUCAACGGAGUCAGACCGAGCACUGAAACCUGAACUGUCUGAAGACUGCAGCCAUUUCCAGAAGAAAAAGCGAUGCUCCCAGGAGUCCCAGAGGAAAUCCCUGUCUGCCGAGGAGGGAAGCAGCACUAAAAAAGAGGACGGGGGCAACUCCUGCCAAGAGCACGGCAGCAAAAGGCACAAGGCUGAGCUGCAGCAGGUGCCUGGAGCGAGGCGGCGCUGCCCGGCUCUGUCCCAGCCCCGGGGCGGCUGCCGGAGCCGGCAGAGCAGCGGUGAUGACGACAGUGACGAGGGCUCCCCUGGCAAGCACUGCCACCAGAAGUCCCCAUCACAGUACAGCGAUGAUGACUACGAGUCGGGCAGCGAGCACUCGCGCAGCCGCUCCCGCUCGGGCCGUAGGCGCUCCUCACACAGGUCCUACUCCAGCAGCUCGGAGGCCUCCUCGGGCCACAGCCGCUACAGCCGCCACAGGAGCUACUCGGACGACAGCUACAGCGACUACAGCGACCGCUCCCGCUGCCACUCCAAGCGCUCCCAGGACUCCGAGGACGACUCCGACUACAACGGCUCCAACCACCGCUCCAAGCGGCGCAAGUACUCCUCGUCGGAAGAUGACUACAGCUCGAGCAGGAGCAGGUCCAGGAGUCGGAGCAGGAGCAGAAGCCACCCUCGGGGCAGGUCGAGAUCGAGGAGCCGGGGCAGGAGCCGCAGCAGCAGCUGCAGCCGCAGCCGGAGCAAGAGGAGGAGCCGCAGCGGGACCGGGCGCAGCUGGAAGCGCAGCCGCAGCUACAGCCGGGACCGCAGCCGCAGCACCCGCAGCCACUCGCAGCGGUCCCCGUCACGGAAGGGCUCGCGGGGCCACGAGAGCCCCGAGGAGAGAAGGUCUGGCAGAAGGGACUUCAUUCGGUCCAAGAUCUAUCGCUCGCAGUCUCCUCACUAUUUCCGGACAGGCCGAGGUGAAGCGGCGCCGCCCAAGAAGGAGGAUGGCAAAGGAGAGGAUCUGAAAGGAUCUGGCUCCCUGUCCCAGAACAGCAGCGGCUCUGGCGUGGGACGGGCCUCGGAAGGGGACUGCAGUCCUGAGGAGAGGAACUCCGUCACUGCAAAGCUGCUCUUGGAAAAGGUGCAGUCCAGGAAGGUUGAGAAGAAGCCCUGCGUCACUGACGAGAUGCUGUCAGGGGCAAACAAAGUGGGCAUAAAGCUCAAAGAUCCUCCCCAGGGCUACUUUGGCCCCAAACUGCCUCCUUCCUUAGGCAACAAACCGGUUCUGCCCUUAAUUGGGAAGUUGCCAACCAUUCGGAAACCAAACUCCAAAAGAUACGAGGAGUCUGGCUUGGAGAGGGGCGAGGAGCAGGAGCUGUCAGAUGCUGAGGAUGGUUCCCAAGGCAUGGAGGAGGGUCAGCUGGCCGGCCAGUCUCUCCUGGAAGAUGUGGUGAUGGUAAUUCAGGACAAGCCUCUGGAUGAGCAGAAACGUGAUGAAGCCUCUGUGGAGAUGCCAUCCCUUCCCCUGGACACGCCAGCGCUCCCUGAGUGCUUUGGCUCUGGAGAUCUGGUCAUGCCACACAACUUCCUCUCGGAUCCCAGCGAUGGUGAUGGGCUGGAGCCUAUGGACGGGGGCAGCCAGCCAGUCCCAGUGGAAACCAGUAUGAUGCCCUUAGUUCCAGAUGUUGAGCACUUUCCUGGCUACGUGCCUCAGAGCGGGGAGCCGAGCAUGGAAGGAGAUCGGGAGGGGGGAGAAGAUUCCUCCCUAGCCCCGCUGGAGAGCCAGCCCAUCACCUUCACGCCCGAGGAGAUGGAGAAGUACAGCAAGCUGCAGCAGGCUGCCCAGCAGCACAUCCAGCAGCAGCUGCUGGCCAAGCAAGUGAAGGCUUUCCCCACCUCGGCCGCCCUGGCUCCGGCCGCCCCUGCCCUCCAGCCCAUCCACAUCCAGCAGCCGGCAGCAGCCUCGGCCACGUCCAUCACGACGGUGCAGCACGCCAUCCUGCAGCACCACGCCGCUGCUGCUGCCGCCGCCAUCGGCAUCCACCCCCAUCCCCACCCACAGCCCCUCGCUCAGGUCCACCACAUCCCCCAGCCACACCUGACACCCAUCUCCCUGUCCCACCUGACCCACUCCAUUAUUCCGGGUCACCCCGCCACGUUCCUGGCCAGCCACCCCAUCCACAUCAUUCCGGCGUCCGCCAUCCACCCUGGCCCCUUCACCUUCCACCCCGUCCCUCACGCUCUGUACCCGACCCUCCUGGCUCCCAGGCCGGCAGCUGCUGCUGCUGCCACAGCCCUGCACCUCCACCCCCUGCUGCACCCCAUUUUCUCAGGACAGGACUUGCAGCAUCCACCCAGCCACGGCACAUGAAGGACACAAUGAAGGAACCUCGGAGGAAGGAGAAUAUUUGGCGUUUUGGGAAGGGGUUGGAGUCGAGCCAGCGGGCAGGUGAGGCCUGAGCAUUUCCUUUCACUCUUGAGCAGCCAAAGAAGCCGGGGGCUCGAGGGCUGGGCAGGUGGCUGCACCCCAGGGAAGUCUCACUCCAGCUCCUCCAUGCACGCGGCAGCACCGCUCCAGAGGAACCAUUUCACCUUUACAACAGUGAGACACUUGGAAAGGCUUUUUUUCCCCCCUGGAUUCUUACACUUGGUGAUCUUCCUUCUGCCACCUUGUAUAUGAUAAAUGAGGUUUCAUCCACACUAAUAGGAUCUC